GCCGCUCGAAUUCGACGGCGCCGGUGCUGAGGGUGCUGAGGAAGAGGAGGACGAUGAAGAGGAGGGGGUGUAGGACGAGGACGACGACGAGGACGAAGAGGGCGGCGAGGAAGAAGACGAGGAGGGUACCGGUGACGAUGAUCUCGUGGAGGUCGACGCGGACGGCGUGAAGAAGAAAAAGAAGAAGAAGGCGUCGGGCACACGAGGCCCCAAGUGGACGGCUUUGGAGGAUCUUUGUCUGUGCGAGUCGUGGGCGACGGUGAGCCAUGACUCCAUCAUCGGCGCCAACCAAAAACACGGGAAGUAUUGGGCGAGAAUCAAGGCCGAGUUCGAUGAGCGCAAGCUCACCAAGGGCGACUACAACAAAGUGACAAUGAAGAGGAGCCAAAAGGCAAUGUCGACGCGAUGGGCCAUCAUCCAGGCGUCGGUGAACUCCUUCCAUGGAUACCAUCAGGAAUUACUGACCAGAGCCGAGAGCGGCGCCGACCUCUCCCAAAUGUUUGAUAGGGCCAUGGAGGUUUACGCGAGGAACUCGGAUGGGCAUAAGCCGUUCGCGCUGAUGCAUUGCUAUAGCAAGCUCAAAGGGAAUGAGAAAUGGCGGUUGACGCGCCUGUCGCUGUCCAAGGGGAAGGACACCAUUGAUCUGGACGCGGCGUCGGCAACGUCGGCAGGGCGUCCUACUGGCAACAAGGCUGCCAAGGCCGCCUUGGCCGACGCCGCGUCGUGUGAGAAGACGCAUGCGUCGAUCACGAAAUGCCUCGCGGACGUCUCCUCGACCUUUCUCUCCCGCGCCAAAAAGAACGACGAAAAGUGGGCGGAGCUGCUCAAGAGGCAAGAGGAGAAGUUGGAGCUCAAGAAACGCAGGGACGACAUGUCCCUGCUGAGAGCGUCGACAGAGGGAAUGUCUCCCCGGACGCGGGCGGCGCACAACUUCUUCAAAGGCCAGAUCCUCGACGACAUCGAAACCAAAAUGGCGGCGGCCGACGCGGCGGCCCAGGAAGCGGCAGCGACAGCGGCAGCAACUGCGGCGCAAGAGCCGGCUGCCGCGUCUUCGACUGCUACACCAUCGUCGGCCUACGCGACGGCGGCGGAGGAGACGGAGCAUGCACAGCACCAGGCAGAUCGCGACGAGGUCGUCGUGAUCGACGGGCCUGCGUCGAUUCAGGAUACGUCGCCAUCGACCAACCCCUUCUUCUAAUUUAGCAUGCACUAUAUGGUCUAUAAUAUGAUCGCCGCUACUCUGAUCGGCGGGAACGAUCUCUUUUGAAUGCAAAAUUUGAAUUCUUGAUUGGGGGCGGCGUUUGGGGGACGCGGCUGGGGAGCGACGUCCCCCAAAGACGGCACGAACAAAACACGUCCCCCAAACGCUCAA